AUGGGGAUCGGAAUAACUGCUGAUGGGCUGAAGGGUAAAAAUCCAAACGAACCCAACGAUCCUGUGGAUACCCAGGGUCGAUACAAGAAGGUUGUUACGGACUACUUCGCGGUCGUAACGCCUGGAAAUGAAAUGAAAUGGAGCUUCUUGGAAGAAAAUAAAGACCAGUACACAUUUGAUCUUGCUGAUGAAAUUGCCAGAUAUGCUAAGGAUUACAAGAAACAGCUUCGCAUACACACUUUCUUUGCCAAGGACCAAAAUCCAAAAUGGGUGGGCGAUUUGAAGCCAGAUGACCUCGAAAAAAAAAUGAACGCAAUCCUGGAGAAAGUAAUCAGUCAGUAUGGUCCACAAGCCAUAGGAGCUGAUAUUGUCAAUGAGAUUCUGGACGACCAGGGUGCUCUAGCCAAGGACAACCCCUGGUACAAGGCACUUGGAGACAAAUGGCUCACAAAAGUUUUUACCCACGCCAAGCAAGUCCGCGAUAAAUCCGCCCCCGGCAUGCUGCUCUUUAUGAAUGAUGUCAGUACUGAGGGUAUAAAUGCCAAAUCAACUGGCAUGCUUCGCAUUGCUACCGACCUUCAUAAGGCUGGACUUCUAGAUGCCGUAGGAUUUCAAUGCCACUUUAUUGUAAAUCAAGGAGAUGACCCAACAGUCCCAAAAGACUUCAAGCAAAAUUUGGAGCGUUUUACAAAAGAAGGUAUGACAUGCUUCGCUGGCUAUAUUCAGCAGGUGAGGGGAUGUGUUUCAGUUACUACCUGGGGAGUAACUCCCAAGGAUUCAUGGAUCGGUCACAAUAAUGUAUUCCCAGGGUUUGGAGAAGCUACUCUUUUUGACAACAAUUUCAAACCAACUCCGGCAAUGGAAGCACUCAUUCAAGAUGGAUUUUUCCCCAAGAUUGGUGGAGGCAGUGGAAAGCCAUGA